AUGAAUAUGUUGGAUGAUGAAGAUGACCAAAGCUUUCACGCUACGCGUGACGGCUACUCCCAUUUGAGCGAUGUCGAAUGGGAUGCGGUUGAACGAAUGGGUUCGACCAUGGGCAUCCAUGCUGUUAGCGUCAUGCUAGAGGCUCUCAAUAGAGACGCCCAACAUGCUACUAUCGCCAAGUUCAUCCAAAAUGAACUUGACGCUGAACGCGAGAAACAGCAGGCUGCUGCUGGCGGGUCGAUGCACUCGCGUCGACCCGAGACUUUGAAGAUUGACAUCUCAAAGUAUAGGGGGGUCGAAGAAGACUCCCUCUUGAGAUGGUUCGUCGAAUUGGAUGACGCCAUAAGGGCGCGUCGCAUCGACGACGGGGAUAUGCAAGUUGCAUUUGCCCAGUCAAAUCUGGCAGGACGUGCCAAGACUUGGGCACUGGGGCUCAAGCUGCACGACCCAUAUGCGUUUGGGUCGUUGGAAGUCUUCAAGUCGCGGCUCAGACAAACGUUUGAACCGCCUAGAGCUGAGUUCAGAGCUCGAACCGAACUCUUGAAGCUCAAACAGGGUAAGCGUGAUGUGCACGCUUACGCGCAACAUAUACGACAUCUUACGAGUUGUAUAAGUUCCAAUCCAGUGGAUGAACACACGUUGGUUUCGGUGUUCAUGCAGGGUCUUGCGGAUGGUCCCGUCAAGACUCACCUGUUCCGGCUUGAACUAGAUUCACUAGAACAAGCCAUUUCCAUUGCGGAGCAGGAAGACUUCAGUCUGAGACAGGCUCGCGCCAGCUCGACAUCAUAUCGUCAACCGAGACGAUAUGACAACGGAGGUCCAGAGCCGAUGGAACUCUGUUAUGUAGAGAGCGAGAAGGUUCGCUCUACAGGCUACAAGAAGUUGCAGAGAUGCAACAGAUGUCAGAAGACAGGACACUACGCUUACGAGUGUAGUGCCCCUCGUCCAGUGUCUCGCGACACUGGGCGUAGUGACCGUCCACCCAUGAGAAAGGGGCAGGGACGAGGGUCCGCAGUUGGUGCAAAGACGCAACAACGGGAUGGACCGUCAAAAAACGGACAGGAUCAGUAG